AAAAAAAUAAAAAAUGUGCCAAACUUUACUCUGACAUAAAUUUCACUGAAAUCCAUUUGUUUAUUUAUAUCUCCAUAUGUUUACUUAAAGCAGAACUUUCCAAAAUGUAUUCUUGAGCAUUGAAAGCCUAUUAGUUGUGAUGUGAAAUGAUAGUGAGAGCCAUGUAGAAACUGAUUUACUUUAUCAGGUAUGGGUUAAAAAAAACUAUACCAAUUAUCUGAAAAAUGCUUAAUAUCAGAUUAGAUAAUCAUGAUAACCACUUAAUAAAUAAACUCUUGAGCUCUUUUGACUCAUAGUUGUUGCAACGUCUUGAACACGACUGAAGAAUCAAUCCAUCCAUCUUCUGCCAGUUAUCAAGGGCCAAUCUGCAGUAAUUCACAUCCCUCACACAAGUAAUACUGUGUGGACUCUGAAGCCAAGAAAGACAUAAAACAUGUAUGAUCGCCUCCUUAUGACACAUUCUGAGGAACUCUCUAAAGGAAGGAGCCCAACAGACAUGAUCAGAAGCCCAGAACCACUUCAGCUUGAACGCAUCAUGUGAAAUGUAUUUACCAACAAUACUAUUUGUAAACCUUUAGAAAGUGCAUAUCUUUCUGCUGCACCCAACAUUUAAGUGAUUUAACAAGAGUUUAUCACCGCAUGCAUCGUUUGUCGGCCUCUGUGAUAUCACUGCAUUGAUUCAUGUGGCUAACAGCUUCGAGGUGCAGCACGCCGAUGCAAAGGAUGCACAGCUACAAUAAAAGCAUCUAACAAAACACCUAAUGGCAAAAGAAAGUUUCCAGUGGCAUGAGAGCUAAGGUCCCUGCUAGAAGAUCUGAAGCAGCGAUCAGCCUCAUACGGCUCAAACGUGGAAGUUGGGCCUCGGAAGGCUUAAAAUCAGUUCUAAUACUAACUGCUACCCAGUUAGUGUAGCAAAGUGUUAAAAAAAAUAAUACGACAUAAGGUUCAACAACUUUUGCUGCACAGGAAUCGAUUGAAAUCCGGUUAUAACGCUGUCACUGGAUGAAACCGGACCCGUUCUCUUCUUUGACAUGGACAGAAACCUCGUCUGGCUGAUGUGUAAAAGUGAGAUUGAGGGAAGCGGCCGCAAAAACACCCAGGUAGAAAAUAUUAGACAAUGUUCCUAAAAAAUGGCCGGAAUUUCUCCAGAACAGUGGACUUCCUCCUGCACUGAGAAAACCUACUGCAUCCUCACUUCUCCCUUUGGUUUACACAUUAAUGCUUUAAAAGGGUUUCCUGUUGUUGCGACUGGCUCUUGUGUGUUUGUGUAGGUGGCCAUAAUGCAGUGAAUGCAUUCAGGUUGUCAAUACCACACCUACGAAGACUACCUAUGACACGGUAUAUCUGCGGCUCCACUGAUUCAAACUGAAAAUGGGAAGUGCCGUCUUCCUGUCGGGUGCACUCAAGCAACUUUACAUUCACACACUUGCAUCUAUAGGCCCCACGCACGCGCGUCUUGACGCCACUCUCGAAUCACGUAGUGGUGACUGCCAGUGGAAAAGAAACUUUCAUUACUCACACACCAGUUUCUGCAGCUUUCCAGCUCAAUACAAAUGGUUUUUUCCUGUGUCCUCAGGGAUAAGUAUAAAAAGCAGUCUGCUGUUGCUCUUUGGCUGACACAAACGUACGGGACAUGCAGAGGAGAAAAUUACAAGAAGUGCUGCUGCAGCUGAACGACGUGAAAAAAAGCCUGCAGGACAGUGAUAAGGAGCUCAACACUCCACCCAAGAACAUUGAGGACUGCUGCUGUCUGUCGGCCUUGGAGUGCUUUCGGGAUAAUCUGAAGUCUCCGUUCAACAUGACGGCGCAACGCAAGCAGCGCAAACUUUUCCUCAGCCUCAUGAACCAGCUCACUGUGAGAGGACUGGACUUCUGUAAUGCAGGAAAUGCUACGUCCACUUGCCAAACCUGCGACUCCCAUCCUAAGGAAAAAGCCCAGGAGUUCUUCAGCAGACUGGAAUCUCUUAUUCAACGGGCCAUCAUCAAGCUGAGCAUGAACUGAGAAGCGGUGAAGAUCCAGUAGUGACCGGGGGCUUAAUGUAGAGAAGACACUACGAUGAAAAAUGCUAAACAUGUCUGUAUGUUAUAGCCUUAACGAUAUUUAACUUAUUUAAUAUUUAUUUAGGUAGUAGUGAUAAACUCACUCAAGCUAUGAAGAAUGUAUCGUCAGUAAAGCUGCUUUGCUGCCACCCAGUGGACUUGGCAGUUUACGAUUUGUUUUUCUCCUUCACAGAAAGAGAAAGUUAAACUAUAUGUUGUAGUUCUCAAAGAAUAUCAAGUAUAUAAUGGCAUUUAUACUAUGUAUGAUGUACCUUAGCGUAGGACUUAUUUUAUUAAACCAACUGUACCAUUUCAAAGUAUGACAUCAUUACCACAGAGAGGUUUUGGUCUGAUUGAUUUAUCUGUAGGACGUUUGCUAAAAAGCUUCAAUCAGAAGCAGACACAUGAGCAUUUAGAGUUCUUAUCAACUUCUCAUGUUUAUGCUCAAAAACCCCAAUUUGUAAUCUGCAGAUUGUAUUCUACCUCCUGAACCAUUUCUUCGACUUUUUCUCCCUGAGAAUAAACUGACAUUGUAAAGAGAAA